GCCUGCGGCGACGCGGUGCAGCAGCGAGAGUCCAGCUACGCGCUUCAUUCCUAGAAAAAAAAAAACUUUUGAAACCCCGUGCCCGAAAAUCUGAUACCCAGACGCUCGUCAGGAAAGUUUGUCGUUGUUCUGUCACGACCUGAAGUCAGCAUUGUAACAUAUGACGGUGAAAGAAUCCCUGCCUGGACACAUGUGAUUGUGCAACUACACACAUUUGGCAGCCACUUCCCUUCAAGUGUGGGACACCAAAAUGACAAGGACUCAUUGAAAUGUUUUGAAAGUGUUUAAACUUGUGCAAUGAGUUUAAUAGCCAGUAUUUGACACAUGAUUUGGAAACUGGCUGAUCUCAGUAGAAGACUGCUUGUGGUGCUGGAGCCUGGAUCUGUGUUUGACAGACCAUCAUGUGAUGUCUUCAUGAUUAAAAAUGGAGGACCCAAUGACAUCAUUACCACUCACUGGAUACUUUAUAUUAACCAAAUACGUUAUUUCCCAAGAAAACUCAUUUGCUAAAAAUAUGACUCCAGAAGAAGGCAAACCCACAACCUUUAACCCAAGAAGACUGUAAGAUUUUACAGAAACGAAAAAAAAAAAAAAAAUCCUCCACCACAAUGAAUUGCCCGAGAAGGAGAAAACGUUUGGCUCAUGAUAAGGAUUUUAUGGCAAUCACUGUUCCAUCAAUACACGGGUCUGAGUACCUUGACUACACCGUGGAAACCCAUGCAUCCACAGCCCUGAAGGUCAUGGAUGAGUUCAGACAACAGGAGAUGUUAUGCGACCUGGUGCUGCAUGUGACGUACAAGGAAAGCACGGUGGACUACAAGGUACACAAGGUGGUUCUGGCUUCCUGUAGCUCCUACUUUCGAGCAAUGUUCACGAGCAGCUUCAAAGAGUGUGAUGCCUCAGAGGUUACCCUGCGCGAUGUCUGCCCUCAGGUGGUGGGGAGGCUUAUUGACUUUGCUUACACUUCCCACAUCACCGUUGGAAAGAAAUGUGUCUUGCACAUUCUUUUAGCUGCGAUGAGGUAUCAGGUGGAAGACGUAGCCAAAGCAUGCUGUGACUUCCUCAUAAAGCAGUUGGAGCCUGCGAAUGUCAUCGGAAUUUCUCGCUUUGCCGAAGAGAUCGGCUGCACUGAGCUGCACCAGUGGAGCCGAGACUAUAUCAACACUCACUUUAAUGAGGUGACUAAGGAAGAAGAGUUUUUCAGCCUUUCUCACUGCCAGCUGCUGGAGCUCAUCAGUCAAGACAGCCUGAAAGUCCUCUGCGAGUCUGAGGUGUACAAAGCUUGUACGGACUGGGUCAGCCGGGAUAUUGAGAAUAGGUCCCAGUAUCUACACGCUCUCCUGAAUGCAGUUCAUAUCUACGCCCUGCCUCCAAAGUUUCUAAAAAAACAGCUUCAGUCCUGCCCAGUCCUCAGCAAGGCUAAUUGCUGUAAGGACCUCCUUUCUAAGAUCUUCCAAGAGAUGACACUGAGGAAAGGAUCACCUGCACCGCCUCGUGGAACUCAGUUCAUCUUCGUAGCCGGAGGGUAUCUUCUAUAUACUAAGACACAACUAUAUCGGCAGCAAUCACUUGCUUCCAUGGAGGCUUAUGAUCCCAAGAAGAAUGUCUGGAUAAAACUGGCUAAUAUGGGGAUCCCAUGCAGCGGUCUGGGAGCUUGUAGUCUUUUUGGACUGUUUUACACAGUUGGAGGUAGGAACCUGUCACUGCAGAACAACACCGAGUCCAGCGCCUUGUGCUGCUACAAUCCUAUGACCAACCAGUGGAGCCAGCGUGCCUCCCUCAAUGUCCCGCGGAACAGGGUGGGGGUCGGUGUGGUGGAUGGGAACAUUUAUGCUGUGGGAGGUUCACACGGUUCCACUCAUCACAGCUCUGUGGAGAGGUGGGAUCCAGAGUCAAAUCGCUGGACCUUUGUCUGCCCGAUGUCAGUGGCUCGCCUGGGUGCUGGCGUGGCUGCGUGCAAUGGCGCUCUGUAUGUGGCGGGGGGGUUUGAUGGCCACAACCGGUUGAACACUGCUGAGAAAUACCAACCUGACACCAAUGCGUGGUACCGACUGGCACCCAUGAGCACCAUCCGCAGUGGAAUGGGUCUGGUAUGCGUGGACUUGUACCUGUACGCUAUAGGGGGGUAUGACGGCUUGAACCAGUUGAACUCUGUGGAACGUUACAACAUAAGCAGGAACCUUUGGGAACCCCGAGCCUCCAUGCAGUACUCUCGCAGUGCACACGGUGUCACAGUCCACCAGGGCGGCAUUUUUGUCCUGGGAGGUUUCAGCCAGCAUGAUUUCCAGCCCAUUGUUGAGUGUUACUGUCCACAAAGGAAUGAAUGGACAUGUGUCACCAACAUGUCUGUUGGACGCAGUGGCAUUGGUGUUGCUGUUACCAUGGAGCCCUGCCCUGGCAGCCUUUCAGAACAGGAGGAUGCAGAUGAUGAUAAUGAAAGCCCAUAGAAUGAAGACGCAAUAACAGUAAUAUUCCUAUACAGACUGGUGAAUAACAACAUGGCAGUGACCUCACAAAGAACAAGGUUAUGCAGAUGUCUUCUCAAAUGCAGUAAUGUCCCAAAUAUAAGACAGUGCUUUGUUUUUUUUUCUUGGAUAUACAGCUGAAAAAAAUGGAGUAGUCUUAUAUUCAGGCUUGAGACUUUUUUCAUGUCGACACAUUACAGUAGGUGGUGCUAAAUAUCCUUAAAUGAUUGUGUACCACAUGCCUGAAGUGAACCUCCUGUCUAACUUUCUAUGGAGGAGGUUGGAGGAAGUCCAAUUACUGGUGGCAUAUUGUCGGUUUUUGUUUGUUUUAAAUCAUCGUGCCUAUUCUAAGCUUGUUUUUGGCUGUUUAAUAUUGUCAUUGAAACAAAACCCACAGCUGGUGUUAUUAAUGAAACACAACACAGCACCAUUCCAGUACUUUUCUGCAAGG